AUGCCGCAUCACAAACCAGACGAGUUGUCGGUCGCCGAUGCCAGAAAGGAGGUUUAUGAGGCGACAGCUUCCACGUCUCCAACACCUGUGCAAGAAAAACGCGGCUCAGCCUUGCUAAAUUUCUUCUCAUCCUUUCUUGGUCCUAAAAACCCACUCGCGCACCCAGCAAACCCACGCAAGCACACCGUGUGGCUGUUAGACAAUACAGCGUACCAACCGGUAAAUGAAGAAACAGACGAGAACCAGCCAUGCUGGAACGCCGAAGUAGUCGCCUGCAUUUUUGAAACUGAAGGCCGAAGAGAUGUAGGCAACCUCGUCGCCGCGAUCGCCGACUACAUCGGACUGGACGGCGACGUCGGCGGUGACGGCGAAGCACGCCAGCGCAUCACAGAGCGCGUCCAGCCUUUCCUCAACCAGGUGUCGCCUGCGCGCACGCUCACGCUGCAGGUACCCAUGUCCCGGCGGGCGCAGUCACACCGACUCGGCCCGUCCGACCGCAACGGCAUCAUCAGCCAGACGGUCGAUAUGGGCAAAGUGGAGAUGCACGACGGGGCGGUUGUGCGGCCUCGACUGCAGCAUUUCGGCGACGAGGCUGUAUCGAUGGGCACGACUUUUGCCGCGCCGGAGGGCUGGCUGGUCAUCUCGGAUAUUGACGAUACGAUCAAGCAUACUAUGACGCUCGAGCCGACGGGAAUUAUUCGCACGACAUUUGCGGAUAUUCCUGAGCCUGUCGCUGGUAUGCCAGAGCUGUAUAAAUAUGUUCAUGCUGAGCUAUUUCCUGCGUGGUUUUAUCUUUCUGCGUCGCCGUAUAAUCUUUACCCUUUCCUGCAUGACUUCCUGGAUGAACAUUACUGCCCCGGUACGCUGGUGCUGCGUGAUUACUCGUGGAUGGAUAUCACAGGGCUUAUCAAGUCGUUCACUGAGAAGACGCAGGAAUACAAGGUUGAUCGGAUGGAGAAGAUUCAGCGGUGGUUCCCGCGCCGGAGAGUGCUUUGUAUAGGGGACUCGACGCAGAUGGAUCCGGAGGCUUAUGCAGAGAUGUAUAGUCGGUAUCCCGAGUGGAUUCAUGCUAUCAUCAUUCGCAAGGUUAAGGACGUGGCGCAUAUGGAAGAGAAGAAUGCACCAGCGAGGUUUGAGAAGGCGUUUGAGCAUGUACCGUCACACAUUUGGACGGUUUUUGAGGAACCGAAGGAGCUGUAUAAUUUUAUUGAUGGGCUGGGUAUGGAAGACCAGGCUUUGUAG